AUGCACACACUCCCAAACCGCUCAGUGAACACAUUUCAAUCGGCCGGAGUGCGUCGUUCCAGUUUAACGGGGAUGCGUUAUCCCAGAUCUAGUUCUCUGUAUCUUCCGCAGAAUGAUGCGAACGACGAGAGUCGCAGUCAACUGCUUCCGAACGAACCGUAUCCGGGUGAACGCCGCACGCAAACUCUUGGUCGAUCACAGCAGCAUCAUGGACACGCACCACCCAGUUCAUGUUCCAGAAAUAUGACUAAUCCGCUAUUUGACAGUGCGACCAGUCUAGAUCAACCUUGGUAUCGGGGCUACGGACAACCGGUCAGUUUGUCCCCACCUCAAAUCAAUCUACCUGAUCAACCCAUGGAUUCCACCUCGGGUUACGGUACUGUACGUGAAAUGCAAUCGACCAUUCGAGUUCCAUCCACGCGUAGCCCCGGUAGAACCAGUGCGUAUUCGACUUCACGUCGCUUAGACGAGCACAGUCAACGAGGUUGCUGUGCGGAUACGGUUGCGCCGAAGAGAAAUUGGAUGGGGUGUGCUGGUUUCACGUGUUGUGAAAAAGAACCGAGGUGA